GCAGCCCAGGAACUGAAGCCCACUGACUGCCUUUGCCUGAUGUGUCUCCCAAAAGGACGGUGGUGAUUACUAAAUACUCCGGCCUCCUGAAAGUGAGGAUUCUGAAACACUCCAGGAAUGAUGUUUUAUGCUGCGGUCCUCGUCGCGUCCCUGGCCUGUCUGGCCUCCUCAGAAAGCCAGCACAGACCGGGUUACUGUGCUUUCUAUGAAGAGUGUGGUCGUAACCCAACGGUGGGAGGAAGCCUCAUCCCUCCUAUUGUCCCAUGUCUCAACUACAGCCAAGCCCGACACCUUACAGGAGAUCACUACAGAAGGCUCAAAGAGGUGUGCCCCAUGUUGGACCAGGGAGAAGGCAAAACCUACGCCUGCUGCUCCCUACAGCAGCUCUCGUCUCUGGAGAGGAGUCUGACCCUGUCCAAAGCCGUGCUGGUCCGCUGCCCUUCCUGCGCCGAGAACUUUGCCCACCUGCACUGUGUCACCACCUGCAGUCCCAACCAGACGCAGACGGUAAACGUGACGAAGGUCAUGAACGUAACUCACCUGGGCAGGCCGAGGGAUGCGGUGGUGGCCUACCAGGCGUACAUCAGCAACACUUUCGCCGAAGGCGCCUUCCAGUCUUGCAAGAACGUCAGGAUCCCGGCCACAGGAGGCUUUGCCAUCGCCACCAUGUGUGGCCGUUAUGGAUCCAAGCUGUGCACGGCCCAGCGCUGGUACGAUUUCCAGGGUGACACCAGCAAUGGCCUGGCCCCACUAGACAUCGACUUUAGGCUGCUGAAGGAAAACGACACUACAGGAGUACCGGAGGGGAUUAUUCCUUACAAUGGCCGUGCUUUAGGAUGUAACGAGGUCACAACGUCAGGCGGCGAGGCCUGCUCCUGCCAGGACUGCCUAGACUCGUGCCCGCCUGUGCCGCCGCCACCUGCGCCUCCUGGACCCUUCAGAUUGCUGGGAGCAGAUGGAUUUCUAGUGAUUUCUAUCAUCUUACUCUGUCUUCUGGUAUUGGCCUUUGUGCUUUACCUCUCCGUGUCCUGCUACCUUGCAUCUCGAAAAGAUCAGAAGGAAACUACGGGGAAAGGGAAAAGCAAAGACGAGAACUGUAAUGAAGUGCGUCAGCGCAUCAUCACCCCGUCAGAAGUGUCAUGUACGGAUAAAAGCAGCUUUGCAGCUCAAGCUUUUAUGAGUCAGCAGUUUCAGCACUGGGGGACUCUCAUGGCUUCUUAUCCCCUCACGGUCCUCUUGGUGGCAGCCAUCGUUGUGGCUGUUUUCUCCGCUGGCCUAAAGUCCAUCGAGCUCACCACGGAUCCGGUGGAGCUGUGGUCCUCUCCCAACAGCAGGGCCCGCCAGGAGAAGGACUUCCAUGACAAACACUUCACUCCCUUCUUCAGGACUAACCAGCUGAUCCUGACAGCGCCGGGAAGAAAAGGCCACAUCUACGACUCUUUGCUGUUCGGGAAGCAGAACUUCAGCGGGCUUCUUUCCAAAGAUCUCAUCCUCGAGCUGCUUGAUCUCCAGAGAAAAAUACAGGAUAUUGAGUUCUGGUCAGAGGAUUUGAACAAGACGGCAACCCUGAAGGAUGUGUGUUACGCACCGUUAAACCCGUCCAACCCCUCCCUGACUGACUGUGCAGUAAACAGCUUGCCACAGUACUUCCAGAACAGCCUGGACAACAUCAAUGCUAAAGUAAAUAUGACUGAGCUGGGAGUGACCAAGGAGGUAGACUGGAGAGACCAUCUCAUCUAUUGCCUCAACUCUCCGCUGUCCUUCAAAGACAUCACUGAUUUAGGAAUGAGCUGCAUGGCCGACUAUGGAGCUCCAGUAUUCCCAUUUCUAGCUGUGGGAGGCUACAAGGAUGACGAAUACACCAACUCGGAAGCCUUCAUCUUGACCUUCUCCCUCAACAACUACGUUCGCGACAACCCCAAGUUCAAAGUAGCUCUGCAGUGGGAGACAGAGUUUCUCAAAAUUGUCCAAGACUACCAAAGAAGCCCGGAUGCCAACUUCACCUUUGCGUACAUGGCUGAGAGGUCUCUGGAGGAUGAGAUUAAUCGGACAACAGCAGAAGAUAUCCCCAUCUUCAUGAUCAGCUACGCAGUAAUCUUUGUUUAUAUCGCCGUGGCCCUGGGGGAGUACUCUUCAUGCAAACGUUUACUGGUGGACUCGAAGUUCUUGGUGGGUUUGGGGGGGAUUCUGGUGGUGGGCUGCUCGGUCCUGGCCUCCAUGGGUUUCUACUCGUGGAUCGGGAUCCCGUCCUCGCUGGUCAUCCUGCAGGUUGUGCCGUUCCUGGUGCUCGCAGUUGGAGCUGACAACAUCUUCAUCUUUGUUCUGGAGCACCAGAGAGAUGUUAGGAGGUCUGGAGAGACCCGGGAGGAGCAGAUUGGCCGUGUGCUGGGGCAGGUUGCUCCCAGUAUGCUCUUGUGCAGCCUCUCAGAAUCUGUCUGCUUCUUUUUAGGGGCCUUGUCCACCAUGCCAGCCGUGAAGUCCUUUGCCCUGUAUGCUGCUCUGGCUGUGCUCAUGGACUUUGUCCUCCAGAUGACGGCCUUUGUGGCGCUGUUGUCCCUCGAUGCCCGGCGCCAAGACAACAACCGCUGUGAACUGCUGUGUUGUGUUACGGUGUCGAAAGACCGCCCCAACGAGCCAAACGAGGGCUUUCUGCUGCCUUUCAUGAGGAAAUACUAUGCCCCCGUCCUGCUGCACCGUUACACCAGGAUCACUGUGAUGCUGGUCUUCAUCUUCAUGCUGUGCGCGUCCUUAUUCCUCAUGCUGAACGUGAAAGUGGGUCUGGACCAGGAGCUGGCCAUGCCGCAGGGGUCCUACAUGCUGGACUAUUUCCACUACCUCUACAAAUACUUUGAAGUCGGCGUUCCGGUCUACUUCGUGACAAAGAAGGGAUACAACUUCAACACGGUGGAGGGCAUGAACGGCGUCUGCUCCAGCGUGGGCUGCGACCAGUUCUCCAUGACCCAGAAGAUCCGGUAUGCCACAGACUACCCUGAACGAUCCUACAUGGCUAUUCCUGCUAACUCGUGGGUGGACGAUUUCAUUGACUGGCUGAACCCUGGAUCCAAAUGCUGUCGCCUCUACACCCUGGGUCCAAACGCUGGAAACUUCUGUCCUGCAAACAUAUCUGCUAUUCUCUGUGGAAAGAGGUGCAUGCCGAUUCCUGGGGACGGCGUUGUCCGGCCCACCAUGGAGCAGUUCAACCGCUUCCUGCCUGAUUUCCUGGGCAACAGGCCUGACCUGCAGUGCUCCAAAGGGGGUUUAGGAGCCUAUGACACGUCGGUGGUGAGAGACCAAAACGGAGAAAUAAUAGCCACCCGCUUCAUGGCCUAUCACACUCCACUGACCAACUCCCAGGAGUUCACGGCUGCCCUGCUCAAAGCCAGAGAGCUGGCCGACGAAAUCACCGAGGGCAUGAGGAAGAUCCCGGGCACCUCGCCCGACUUUGAAGUAUUUCCCUACACGAUAACCUACGUGUUUUACGAGCAGUAUCUGACCAUCGUGCAGGAAGGCCUCUUCAACAUCUCCCUCUGUCUGCUGCCGACCUUCGUGGUGUGCUGCCUGCUGCUGGGUUUGGAUCUGCGCUCCGGCCUGCUCAACCUGCUCACCAUCAUCAUGAUCGUCGUGGACACCGUUGGUGUCAUGACGUUAUGGGGCAUAGACUACAACGCGGUGGCCCUGAUCAAUCUAGUCACGGCGGUGGGCAUCUCUGUGGAGUUUGUGUCCCACAUGACGAGAUCCUUUGCCCUCAGCACCAAGAACACACGCGUUGAAAGAGCAAAAGAGGCUACGGCCAACAUGGGCAGCGCCGUGUUUGCUGGCGUGGCGAUGACCAACUUGCCGGGCAUCCUGGUUUUGGCGUUUGCCAAAGCACAGCUCAUCCAGAUUUUCUUCUUCCGCUUAAAUCUCGUCAUCACGCUCCUGGGGAUGGCCCACGGACUCGUGUUCCUCCCUGUGCUGCUCAGUUACUUUGGUCCUGGCGUGAACAAAGCAGAGCUGCUGCUGCAACAGAGGGCCAGACAAGCCGUGGAGAUGGGAUAUAACAUGGACAAAGGGCACGAUAACAUCACCUAUUCAGAGGAGAAAUACGAGGAAAUUGACUCAAACUUCAAAAAGGCUUCAGUUGACGUCCGAGAACCCUCACCUAAAGAUGAAAACGGGGAGAGAAUUCACGCUCCUGAGCAUCAACCAUAAAAGAAAUCAUUCCUCUAAUAUAUAUUGUACUGUAUAUGGAGCAAAAACGGACAGAGAGAAGGACACAAAGCCCCUAUGCUGUCACGUAUGCAGCUCCAUGUGGAAAUCAUUAACCCAACUUUGUACCUCAAUCAGCAAAAGGACUUCUGGGAAGGAUGAUAACAACAUAAAGUUGUGCAAUAUUUGUAGAAAUAAUGCAAAAGCAAGCGACUGCGACUCUACACCUUGAGUUUGCCGAGGGGUUUUUUGUAGAUUUUUUGUACUGAAUAUGGCUGGUAACCCGUCUUUAGCCUGCUGAGUGCUACUGGGAGCCACCAGCCCUCCCUUUGACUCAAAACAGGAUUACGUGGGUAUAGACGAUUAAUGGCUGAAUGAAUAAACAAAUGAACUGAUGGGUGCAAUUUAGUACACAAUUUACAUAGGAGCCUUGUUUAGAGCGUUCACAGAGCACACUCCAGCUUUUAUUAGUCUUUUUUCCUCAUGCAUUAUGUAUGAAAAUGUGCAAUCACCAAACAAUGUGUAUUAUUCUUUUCAAUAAAUAAAUGAGGAUUUGUCAUGAUAGAUAAUCAGAAGUUACAGAUAUAAUGCAGAUAUAUGUAUUUGGUUCUAACAUUAUUAUUAUUAUUAUUAUUAUUAUUUACAAACUAAAAUGCUGCAAUUUUGUGCCACAACAUCACUCAGAAGACUUUAAAAGUCUUUAUGCAUGAAAAAAAAUGCCAGUUUGUGUAUUUAAAAAUGUGCUGAGAGGAUUUAUUUUCUCAUUGCAAAACAGUGAAAAAGUGAAUAUUCUUGAACAUUUAGAUUAAAGUUGUUUAGAAGGUUUAAAUAAAAUGAAAAC